AUGAUGGCUCUCAUCCCCGCAUUGCACAACGCGCUGACUGCGGAGCAUGCCGACAAUCCUGCGGAGAGGCCAGUGGCAAUAACAGCCGCAGCAACGGGGCGGGAAGGCCUCCUGCAGCUGCAAGAUGAACUCCUUGGCAUCGUGGAGGUUCGAGACAAAAAGAUGGCGGAAUACAAGCAUAAAGCGGAGGAGACAAAACAGUUGCAGAUGCUAGCCGAGAUGCUGAAAAGGGAAGAGCUGAAAUCGAGGUCUAAAGCCUUUGAAGAAGAACAGCGGAAACGUCGGUGCAUGAAGGAGGAGGAACUUCAACGCAUUGUUAAGGUGAGGGAGGAACGGGAACGGGAAAGAGAAGAGCGGCGGGCAACGGAACGGCAUGAUCAAUUGGAGAGACGCCAAAAAUCUCUUGUAAUUCUACAAGAAAUGGCUACCAAGACGAAGGCGGAGCGCUUGACAGAGCAACGAGAGCGUUUGUUGCGGUAUCGUGAGCGUGUCACCAUGGACUCUCGCAUUUUAUCGUUUCUGGAGCAUUUGCAGUUGACUCCCUCCAGAAUCAUGCACCUGUUGGUGACACUUCGUCCACACCUCCCUCGCAUGACGUACGAUGAUGUAUUGGAGUUUGUGGUGACGGGAAACCGCAAGGUUCCCAGUGACAUGCACGCUGUUGAUGAGCAGAUCAAUAAUCGACUUAGUGGUGGCGACGCACACGUCGGGGAAACCGAGAACGGUGCACAAGAAAACCGGUUUUUUAUUGUGGAUGAGGGUCCUUCUUUCUGGGACAGUGUGAUGCGAAUCGUGGCGAAGCAAUCAGACGGUCAGAUAAGGAGCAACCACAUUGAUGCAGGGAAGGAAGAAGGCGAGCGCUAUUUGUCUCGCGGAACUUCUGGUCUUUUUUUUCAUAGAAGAGUAAAUGCGGUUCUUGACCUUUUUGACUACACCAUGGGGACAAAUGAGACGGUGUCCGAUCCUUUGCCCUCAUUGAAUGUGCGGAGCGCCUCCAGAGUACUUGAGAAGGAAGCGCUGAUCGGCACUGAAUUUUGUAACGGACGAGAGGCGUUGUUGGCAUGCCAAGAACGGGGGUUGUGCGUCCUGCAUGACAAUGUUUGCACACUAACAGCAUUAGGGUUUCGCUACCAUUACCCGUUUCAUGACCCGGAACAGAUGCUUGGAGUACAGCUUGCACGACGACGUGACAAAGCAAGAGAGGUGAUGGUGGAGCAGCGGUGCGCCAACGUUGAGGAUGAAGAUCACGGAGAGGAAGAAGAAGAAGCGUUGGUGAGGGAUGGAACAGAUGACGAAACCAUGACAUCUUCUGCACAUGAUAGCACGGUUUGCUUUACGGAUGAACUUGUUUGA